GGCCGCAAUAGUGCUUUGUCAUAGUGAUGUAAGAGGCAGGAGACGGGCUGUCCAAUAGUCGUAGUCACGCCGGGUGCUUUGCUGGGAGAGAACAUGGCGCUGGCUAGUGUUGUGAGAUCGGAGGGUCUAUCGUGGAUGCAGAAGCGGGAUAACCCAUUACAUUGCGGCCUGGACACCGAGGGUCUGAGCUUCCAUGUGCUGCCUGGAGCCGGACAGGGCACGGCCGAUCCUGGGAUCGAGUUCUUACAUGGGACCACCACACUGGCCUUCAAGUUUAAACAUGGAGUUAUUGUGGCUGUUGACUCCCGUGCUACAGCUGGCUCAUACAUCGCUUCACAGACCGUGAAGAAAGUUAUUGAAAUCAAUCCUUACCUGUUGGGCACAAUGGCCGGAGGUGCCGCUGAUUGUAGCUUCUGGGAGAGGCUUCUUGCUCGUCAGUGCCGCAUCUACGAGCUACGAAACAAGGAGCGAAUAUCUGUUGCUGCAGCAUCCAAACUGCUGGCUAAUAUGGUAUAUCAGUACAAAGGCAUGGGGCUAUCUAUGGGAACCAUGAUCUGUGGAUGGGACAAGAGGGGACCAGGUCUAUACUAUGUGGACAGUGAGGGGAACCGUGUGUCUGGCUCAGUAUUCUCAGUGGGCUCGGGUUCUAUGUAUGCCUAUGGUGUCCUGGAUCGAGGAUAUGACUAUAAUAUGGAAGCGGAGGAAGCUCAAGAAUUGGCACGGCGCUCAAUUUACCAAGCCACAUACCGCGAUGCUUACUCUGGUGGAGUAGUGAAUCUCUACCAUGUUCGAGAAGAUGGUUGGCAGCGUGUGUCUCAAGAUGAUGUGGCCGAUUUACAUGCAAAAUACAAAGGACUGACUGAGUGAAUACACUGUAGAGUAGGAGCAUUAAAUACCUAAAGAGAACUGUACUGAGGGAAACCUAGCAUUGCUUACCUCCUUAAAAUGCUAACAUCCUGCUAUUUUUGAUCUACUUGUUGAUCUGUGUUAAAAUCACUGGAUCAGCCUUACAAGUCGGGUAACUAGCAUUUUGAAGAGGAGCAAUUAAUUGGCUUUGGUUUGCAAAAAUUUUUUUUCCCUACAGGUUUCCUUUAAAUCUUUCUAAACCAUGCAGGUACAGAAAAUGUGCCUAGUUCUCUCCAAACAGUUUUUUUGGAUGUUUUAGGAAAAAAUAAAAUCUGAAGUUUUUUACUUACAGGCUUUCUCAUCUGUUGAUUUGGCAAAACAUCAAUACUGGUAAUAUUUAGUCACCAAGCUCAUUUAUUAGCGUGAAUAGUUCAUAGCAAAGGGUUUUUGACAACAUCUGUAAGUUCCAAUCUUUACAUCAUGGAGUUCUUCAAGCAGAUCCUUGUUAUUUCCACCCUGUGCAGGUUAUGUUCAUUCUUUGUUGGGAGCAAUAUUUGAGGCUCCUUGUCACAUUUUUAAUAUGAACAGUUUCAUAUUGAAUAGAUGAGCAUUGUAUGAAAGAAGUUCUGACCCUUGUUUAUCACAUAAAAUCUGUAUUAUAUCCCAUUAAACCAUUUCUCUAAAACGGCAA